AUGGAGCUCCAAGUUGGUGCUCAAGUCACGUUUGGUGCUGGGAAGACCGGUAUUGUACGAUUUAUAGGAGAGACAGAAUUUGCAAGUGGUGAAUGGGUUGGUAUUGAAUUAGAAAAACCUGAAGGAAAGAAUAAUGGAGAGCUCAAUGGCCGUGUUUACUUUACUUGUGAGCCUAAUUACGGUCUCUUUGUAAAGAAAUCAAUGGUUCGCUCGGUCUUAUCAUCACCUUCUACUGUAUCUAAGACACCUCAGAGUCACCGAUUGUCUGUAUCUAGUACGCAAGCGUCGAACAUGAGCAAAUCGUCAAUUAUAGCGCCUGGUUUGGGCUUCAAUAGCUCCCGACUUGCAGCUCCUAAGUCACGAACGUCUUUGACUACAACAAGCAGUCGGAACAGUCUUUCGACUACUUCAUCUGGUACUUCAAGGCUUUCGAUUGACAGACGAACGUCUACGGGUGGUGCAAUGGUGGGGAGUGGUGCAAUGGCGGACAAUCAGUUGAUGGAGGCACGAGCGAAAAUUUCACGGCUAGAAGAAGAAUUGGAGCAGAAAAGCAGACAUGUAGAGCAGUUGAGGCAGAGUGUUGCCGUAAUGAAAGAGGCAGCUACAGCUAACAGUGAUAAGCUCAAGUUACAAGGACAGGAAGAGGAAAAGCAAAAGCAAAUGGAUGACGUGGUUGUUAAAUCCAAACAAGUGGAUACUGAUGGAGACGAAAAGAUGGAGGAGUUUGUGGAUAUGGAGGAAGAGAGGGUGCUGCUGCAGGAAGACUUGGCGCAGAAAAUCAGGAUUAUCCGAGAAGAAGCGGAGGAACACGUGCGAUCGGUGCGUUCCGAGCUAGAAGACCACAUUAUGGAGCGGCAGCAUGAACACGAAAAGCAGCUAAAUGAAUUGCAACUUGAGAAUGCGAUACAGGCGUCGGAGGUGAAGGCAUUGGAGGCGGAAGUUGCACAGCAGAAGUUGCGCAUUGCGGCAUUCACGGCGGCCGAGCAAAAGAAAGCGGAGGAGGUUGCUAUGGCUGUGGCCAAGUCAAGCUCAGGUGCUCGUAAGGUAGAGACACUUGAAAAACAGGUGGCUGAGCUCCAGGACGUGAUCGAGACGAUGACUUUGGAGAAAGAGACUGUUGAGAUGGAUAAGGAAAUCGCGCAGGAGCAUGCUGAGGAAUUGCAGCAAGAGGUGAAAAGGCUUAAAACUGCAAUGGCGCUAUCAGCGAGUACAGAGCGUGAUUGCUCGGAAGGAUCGUUGGCUGAUGCUGGGGACUUGGCAAGUGAAAACAAUAAGCUUCGGGCUGCUGUAAAGAUGUUGCAUGAGCGUGGGUCUGAGGAAAAGGCUGAACUUAGCAAGAAGCUGCGUCAGGCUCAACGUGAGAAUGCUGAACUCGUAACGCUGAGGGAGGAGGUAGAAGAACUGCUGGAACGCGAAGCAGAGGAACUGAAAGAAAUGCUGGACAUUGCGAAUGCCUACGAGACAAUGGUAGAAGAUCUUACCGAAAAAAAUCUAACACUCGGUGAGAAACUCGCAGAGUUAGAGACAACGGUGCAGUCACUUGAGUCGUUGCGCGAGAUGGACCAGGAAAUGGAACAUCAACACACGGAGUAUGAAGCAGAGCUAAGGGACGAAAUUGACUCGCAGCGUGCAACACUACAGGAAUUGAAACAGGCGGCAUUGGACCAGAAGACCGUACUUGAGGAUAAGGAGCGCACAAUUGCUCGCUUCCGCGACCUUGCACGCAGUCACCGAGAAGAGAUUGCGCAACUGAAGGCAAAGCUUCGUGCCGAGAGCGGUGCUGUAGAGUCGCUGAAGGAUACGGCACAUCUAGCGCUUAACCAAACCAUGGGGCUGCGCGCCCUGGUAGCAUCUGCACGUGAGCAUGAAAUCGAGGCAGCCAAGCAGAAGAUAAUUGCUGACCAGGCAAGGUUGGAGAAUUCGUUUUUGCGUGCUGUGGUACCCAGCUCAAUUUUCUCCGAAACCGACCAAAAGGUACUGCGCGUCCGGUUGACGCUUGGACGUAUCAGCGGUAAGUCUGAUAUUUUGUUGCAGCACUUGAAGAAGGAUCUGGACACCGUUGCACAUCAGCAACCUUCUGGUGGUCAACGGGAAAAUGAAAAGGAUGAGGGUGGGCUGAUUACGACAGUCAGUGUCGAGCGAUUAGUUUUGGGCGACAAGCUUGCGGCGGUCUCGUGUCAAGCAAAGGAGGAUCUUUAUAUGCUUGAGUGUCACUUGACUACGGAAGACGAAUUUUUUCAGGGUUGCUUAGCGCUCGACACUGUGCAGACUGCGGCGCUGGAGAAUGUGUUGGACUCAGCACUGACGGCGUUUUCCGAGGGUGCAUUGCUGAACAGUGCUCGCAGCGGCAGCGACGCUGCGUCGUUAUAUGACCGCCUGGUUGAAGCUUCGGAGGAAUGGCACAAUGCCCGAAUCCUCCAGGCUUCGUCAGCUUUGGGUGCUGAGAGCUUUGGCGCUCGUUGUGCUGUAUUGAAGUUGCGUGCGAGAAAAAGCGUGGCUGAGCUGGCGUUCUCAAUCUCGUCGAUGGUGACAUUCUUGCGUACUACAAAGAGUCUGCUGGCAAGUGCAGAAAUGUCUGAUGAUGAAUACACUGCUGCGCUGCGCACAGAUUUGAUGCCGGUUCUGGAUACGUGCCUGGGAGAGCUACUAUCGCUACUUAAUGUGGCACAUUUGUUCUACCGUCGUGCUGAGAUCGAUUUAGCGCCUUCGGACGAUGACCUUGACGGACUUGUGGCGGCGGGUGGUGACGCAAUUACUUCCAUCCAGAGUUUUGCUAUGGAGGCACAAGCUUUAUCAGCUACGCUGCAAUCGCAUCUUGGCCGAGACAGUCUAUUGGAGCAUGCCGCUUUGGCAGAAGAGCUAGUGCAGUUCAUGCAGCAGGCUGUGUAUGACCACACAGUAGCGUUCAAGGAGAAACUGGCAUUGCUGUACAAACUGGUGUGUCGUGGUGCUUUCACUGAUGCGGUGGCUCCUCGUAUGCGCAACGAGAACACAGAUAAUAUUAACGGGCGGCCGCAGUGGCGAAUCCGUGCGCAAGCCAUCCAUCAACAGUUGGUGGAUGCGUCAACACUUCAGAGUAACCUGACUCAAAUGACUGAGCUGUGCAAUGCGCUGCACCAGCGUAUUCGUGAAUUCGAGCGUGCAGACAGCCAACACCGCGUGGUGGCCCAGAAAUUGGAAAGCCAAGUGCUUCAAUUGACUGAAAGCGUAAAUGCGAUGACGAGUGAGAAGGCGCAUCUAGAAGCGCAGCUCUCAAAAGAACGCGAGCAGUUCAUUGUAGCGCUUGACGAAUCCAACAAGGAAAAGACGCUAUUAAGCUCUUUGAACCGAGAUCUGCGGAAGCAACUGAAGCGUAUGAGUGACACUGACAGCAGUAUGAAGGGCAGUGGUGGCGUUAGUGGAGCCGCAAAGGGAUCGGCGAUGAGUGCAGCAGAUGCUGAAGCCUUUCAGCGUGCGUUUCAUCAAGUGUACACUGAGUUGCAGACUGUACGGUCCACUCUUGCCAAGGAGCGGUUGGAAAAGCUGCUUGGAUCGAGUACUGAAUUAAAGACGCGUAUUUUACCGCCGAAGAAAUCGGAUCGGUUAGCAAACUCACUCGUACAGGUGGCUAAAUUCUCGCGGCAGGUGAAGGCUCAACUGUCGAUGCCGCGUAUAGUGGAUUUGAAGCAAUCCGCAUCGCUCGCUGGUGCGUCUGCACACGAUCAGCUUAUGGUUGAGAAAUUACAGCAGUCGCGUGUGCAGCGAGACCUGGUAGCCCUUCGUGAACGCGUUGGUGCGACGAUGCGCGAGGAUGGCUGGGACCAUGAUGUGACGAACGCUAUUGCUCGUGGCGAGAGCGUGUUUGGCUGGCAACCGCCAGAGACCGAGCGUCCACCCGUGCUUCUGGGACGCGUGAAGCUUGGCAACAGUUCUGCAAACAACUCACAACACGUGCAGCUUGUUUUAAAUCGAUCUGAAGUGAAGCAAUUAUCACAAACUUUGAUGUGCUGA